GAACCACUCAUACUCCAACCACAUCACCCCAUCUCACCCCCAAAAUACCGCCAAAAUGCCUGCCCAAUACGAGAACAUCAGCCAGGAUCUGAUCUGGGAGGUCGUUCGCCACAGGAAUGCCUACCUCGUCAAGCGCAAGACGGGCGGCGGCGUCCAGUUCUCCCGCGACCCCAUGAACCUCACCAACAAGCACAGCCGCAAACACGCCGGUUUCGUCAACGAGAAGGCCAUCGGCGUGGCGCCCAACGACAACACCGUCCAAUUGACGACCAAGACCUCCAAACCCCACCAGCCCGCCAAAUCCACUCACCAGACUUCCUUCUCUGCCUCUGCGUCGAACAGGAAGGUGUACAAGAGCGUGGUCAACUCGACUGCGAAGAAGGGCUACCGGAGCGAUUUGCGCGCCGAGGCGGUUGCGCGUGCGAGUGCGAUCAAGCAGAGCCAGCGGGAAAAGAAGGAUGCGCCGGCGACGAAGCCGAGGGGUGCUAAGGCGCGGAAGGCGAGGGAAGAGUAGAUUCCUGGGCGAGAUGGUUAGAGCAGGCUGUGAGAAAGGAGAUUCUUCUCGACAAUGCGAAAGGUGUCUUUGAUGU